AUGGUUUCCUUACUUCUCCUUCUCCUUCUCCUCCAUGAUAUUGUUUUGCCUUUGUUCCUUUCUCUCUUUCUAUGCUUUCAUUACUUUUUCCCUUUGCUAUCUAUUAUUUCUCUCUUCCUAAUGCUAUCAUUAGUCGUUCUCUCUUCCUUAUUCUUUGAUUUGACAUUUUCUUUCUAUUUUCGGGUUAUUCCUUUCUCUCUUUCUAUGAUUUCAUUACUUUUUCCCUUUCCUCUCUAUUACUUUCUAAUGCUUUCAUUAGUCUUUCUCCCUUCCUUAUUCUUUGAUUUGAUUUUUUCUUUAUACUUUCUCUUUAUUCCUGUCUCUCGUGCCAAUGCUUUCAUUAGCCUUACUCUUUCCAUUCUCUCUUUCCUCUCUUUUCUGUUCUUUGAAUUGACUCUUUUCCCAUUUUCUCUUAUUCCUUUCUGUUUUUCAAUACCAUCAUUAUCCCUUCCCCUUCUAUUUUUUUGUUUUCCUUUCUGUCUUCCCUAUACUUUCAUUAGGCUUUCUCUUUCCAUUUUCUCCCAUUCCUUUCUCUCUUUUUGCAUUUUUAUUCUUGCUUUCCCUUUGCAUUUUCUCUUUAUUCCUCUCUCUCUCUAUUCUCUUUCCUAUACUUUCAUUAACCUUGAUCUUUCAUAUUUCUCCUUGUUAUAUAUAUAA